AUGCACGCACUGCCCCCAGUCUGUCACUUGCCGCCAUUCAUGAAGGGCACAAAGCAUGGACCUUGCCCCCGUCCACGCACUGGGCCAAGACUGGCCCUCGCUGCCAUCCGUGUACCGCCCCCAGCCUUGCCCUUGCCGCCAUCCCCAGACCGACGCCAGACUGGCCCUCGCCGCUGUCCACGCAGCGCACAAAACCUGACCCUCACCACUGAACACGCAGCGCUCCCAGCCUGGCCCUCGCCACCGUCCACACAGCAAGCCCAGCGUGGCCCUUGCGACCGUCCACCAGCCUGGCCAUCGCCUCCGUCCCCGCAGCGCUCAAAGCUUGGCCCUCUCCGCCAUCCACGCAGAGCACAAAGGCUGGUUCUUAUAGCCGCCCAUGCACCGCCAUCAGCGUUGCCCUCGCCACCAUCCAUGCAGCGCACAAAGCCUGGCAGACGCUGCCAUCCACGCAAUGCCCCCAUCCUGGCCUUCACCGGCCUCCACACAGUUACCCGAGCCUGGCGCUCGCUGCCGUUUGUGGAUUACUCCAAGCCUGGCCCUCACCACCAUCCAUGCAUCGCCCCUAGUCUGAACCUCGCCGCCAUGCACGCACUACCCCCAGUCUGGCCCCCUCGCCGCUGUCUGCGCAGCGCACAAAGCCUGGACCAUGCCACCAUCCACGAAGUGCACAAAACCGGACCGUCGACACCAAACACGCUGUGGCCCCAACCUGGCCCUCGCUUCCAUCCGUACAGUGCCCCCGGCCGACCCUCGCCACCGUCCACGCAGCACCCCCAGCCUGGCCCUCGCUGCCAAAUGUGCAGCGCCCCCAGGCUGGCGCUUGCCGCAGUACAUGCAGCAACCCCAGCCUGGCCCUCGCUGCCAUCCACGCAGCACACAAAACCUGGUUCUCGCGGCCUUCCACGCAGCACACAAUGCCUGGCCCUCGCCGCAAUCCUCGCAGCACACAAAGCCUGCUCCUCGCUUCCGUCCGCACACUGCCCCCAGCCUAGCUCUCGCUAUGGUCUGCGCAGGGAUCCGAACCUGGACCUCGCUGCCGUGCAUGCUGAGCACAAGCCGGGCCCUCUCCGCCAUCUACGCACCGCCCCCCGCCUGGUCCUUCCCGCCGUCAAUGCAGCGCCCCCGCCUGGCCCUUGCCUCCGUCCUCGCAGGGGACAAAGCAUGCCCCUCGCAGCUGUCCACGUAUUGCCCCCAGACUGGCCCUUUCCACCAUCCAUACCUCAGCCCCAGCCUUCCCGCCGCAGCCAUCUAAGCACCGCCCCCAACCGGGCCCUCGCUGCUGUCCAUUCAGCGCACAAAACUUGGCUUUCGCUACUGUUCACGCAGCGCACAAUGCCUGCCCCUCCCCGCAGUCCUCGCACUCCCUCCAGCCUUGCCCUUGCCACUGUCCACACAGCGCACAAAGCCUGGCCCUCGCCACCAUCCAUGUACUGUCCCAGCCUGGCCGUUGCCACUGCCCAUGCAGUGCAUGAAGCCUGGCACUUGCCACCAUCCACACACACUGCUACCAGCCUGGCCCUCACCGGCGUCCGCUCAGUGCCUCAAGACUGGCGCUCGGCACCAUCACCGGAGCGCUCCAAGUCUGGCCCUUUCCACCAUCCACGCACCACCCCAAGCCUGGCCCUCGCCACCAUCCGCGCAGUGCCCUUCACCUGGCCCUCGCCGCCGUCCACGCAGCCCACAUAG